AAACCUGCGAGACCAAUACAGCAAGAAAGGCUCAUAACAAAAAAAAAUGCCAAUAGGAAGCAGAUAUUCACUAUUUUAUCACAUAACAUUGGAAUUCAUUUAUAUUGUUAUCAGUAGUAAGCAGCCAAAUGUCUUGACCAAAAGCUGAGGACUAAAACCCCAGUCAGUUAUAACUGAAAGGCAGCCUUUGUGGAGGCGCUAUGGUUUUCGCGCGCUUUUGUGUUUUGCCGCCACACGGACUCUGGACAUCACGGCAGUGGAUUCUCUAGCGUAGCGAUAACUUUGUGUGUUUCCGUGUUAUUUCUUUCACAAAGAGUUAAUGUAAAAUGUCCGUUUAUAAUAAAGAGGGUCGCUGAUUGAGCUUUUGUUCAAAGGAUCAUUGAGCUCUGUGGUUUGCUCCGAGUCACACCGGCUGACGCCGUGAAACAAUGGCAAAUAACAAACUAGCGAAAACUGAAAGCCUCUAUCAGUCAACCAUCUUCCUCGCUGAAACCUUAGAUCCCCUACUUUUCGCCUAUUUUUAAAAGAAAUCUAAGGAGGCGCAAAAGGCUAUAGCAGGUGCAAGGAGGCCGUAUAGUCGCGGACCUCACUUCAAGAACAGUUGUUCAUUGAAAAGAGUACCCGAUGAAGUUUUUCAUUAGGCCUUGACUAGACGCAUGUUUAGGCUUGUGAUAUGAGCCCCGCGCUCCGACUCAAAAAUUGUUAUGUUUGGCAUAUGGGUUAACUACGUUCGGCUCGAUUCUGACCGUAAAUAUUUUGCUAAACCACAGGUGAUAUUUGCUUGGCUGUUUCAUCAUUUCAAUCAAGAUAUCUUUUUCGAUAAUCCUCCACUCUUACUCCAGUUAAUAACUUUUUAAACGCGCAAUUUUGUGAAAGAAAUUAAAUUAGCCUAGCAGAGAUGAUGUGCGGCCGUGGUUGCACUCUCUCUUUGUGGUCAAUGCAACUAUAACUUACUAAUUAUCAACAUCGAAUCAAAAAGGCAUUUGCAUACGCAUUGAAGUUUCGCUUACAUUUUAAUGACGUGAUAUUUGAGUCUGGGGAAAGCAGCGCCCGUUAGCUUCUGAUGGCAUUGUUACUACUUGUUUUACCGUUACCAAAGUCACAUAUCGCCUGAAAGCGACACAGCGCAAACGGAACAACGAAUCUAAUGCCCAUCGCUUCGUAUUCAAAUCGAGGAUUAACAAAUUAAAGCACAUAGCUGAAACGCCAAGGAGUAUUAUGUCCUGUCUGGCUUUGCUUUUAAAAAUUAAAUCUUGCAAACAGAAAAUACACACAGCAAACAGACACUAAGUUCCGUCAUGUAUUUUCACCCGUUCCCACGCAGGUUGUUACGUUAAAGCGCACAGUUGUAGGGCUAUUUUCCUAUUCUAAAACUAAUUAUGGAAACGCAGGAGAGUUUAAAGUCAACCAAACAAAGGUUUGAACAUCAAGUCCUGUCGUCUCCGAAUUACAAUUCCAUUAUGUGAAAAAAUAGUGCUACGUUUUGUUUACACACUAGAAUAAUUGGCUCUCUCAGCUCUCAAGCCACUCCCCGGCGAUUGGUCUGUGCUUGUUUCGGGGUUUGUGAUAUCGCGUGGAUAAUAUGGCUCACUGCGCGCUACUAUACGGCGCGAAAAGACUUUCUCCUGCCGUGUAGGGAGAGUUAAGGGGUAUGAAUCUAUGCACUGGUUAAAGAGCUACCAUGCAGCGCCAAUUAGUCCUGUUUCACCUUUUGAUAAUGUUUGUUGUUUUAUGUGAUUUACAUUGUGUCUUUCUGAUAGGACUGAAUGCCCGUGGACGAAUGAUUGAUUGGUGUUGUACAUUAUAAAUUAAUUAACAUUGUUUGUAGCGUAACAAUAUAUCCGUGCCUCACACCCCCGUCACAGGCCCUUAGAAUACCCUACAAACCUAACGGUCCCACCACUAGCGUUGCAUACCAGAGAAGACAAGAGUCAACUUCGGAUAUCCGUAACCUCAACUGAAAGCAAAUGUAAUCCAGCUCGACACCACCUCUGAAAACAAACCCACACGGAACCAAAGGCACUGAAUAGUCACUCUUAUUUGAAGUUUACGCAUCAACAUGCCAAAGUCCUUUCUUGUCAAGCACAAGAAACCGUCGCGAAGCCCCGAAAGCGCACCGGAGGAAGCGAUCAAAGCCGUCCUUCAAGGAAAACCCGAGACUCAGGAAAAAAGCCUAGAAAAAUCGACGGAGGAUAAAAAUUCUAAGGUCGAACAACAGAGCGAUACAGGACUGAGAGACGAGAGCGAUCAUGGAACAAGGAACUUUAACGAGAAAGGAGGACCGCGGGAAACAGACGCCAGAGAAACGGUAUUGGAACAGGAACAUUGUGAGGAAAGGAAUUACGAAGAAAACAGGAAAGGGGGAAGUGGAUUACUUGAGACGGAAUCGAAGCAAAGACACGUGGAACCGCGGGAUUUAGAACAAGAGAGGAUUAGAAACCCGGCGAAGAGAGACUGGGAAAAGAGAGGCUCCGAGAAGAGAAUGUUAGAGAGAAAUGACUUGAAUGAGGAAAGAACCUUAGAUCGGAGAGAAUCAAGCGAGUGCCGCAAUGAGGAAAGAUUCGGUAGCGCGCAUGUGCCACUGCAUAACACCGCUGCCCACGAAGAAGUCCACAAGAAGAGGAAAUACACACCAGACGAGCUUUUAAGGAGUGACGUGUGUUGCGAAGAGAAACCGUCAAAACAGCACAAUUGUAGUGAUAUAAGGGACUAUUGGUGGCCGGGCCUGUCGUACGAGAAACACAAGCUACCAUGUCCUCCUAAACUUAUUAGGGCGGCCCCGGUAAGGCUAGACGCGAAUGGCAUCACGGGUAAAAUUCCUGGUAUCCAGGGUCAGACCAUGGGCCCGUUGAUACAACCGUUCAGCGGUACCACCACUUUCCCCGCCGUUAGCUACCACCACAUGCUCGCCGAGGCGAUGCAAGCACGACUUUACGCCGGAAGUGUUCAGGAAUUUCCGUGUCAUAUUCGGAUGCCACCGGAAGGGCCUCGUGAAGUUGCGAUGUAUCCAAAUCUGGCACCCCAUAUCCCGAGCCCCUUCUUUUUACCAGGGCACCAUUUCGUAGGGCCCCAGGCAAUCGAUAGAUUAACGCCCCCGGGCAAACACUUACUUAAAAAACCGGAAGCGGAAAUGAAGGACGAACAGAAUAAGUACAAAUGCGAGAUAUGUCAGAGUUCGUUUUCGCUGCAGCGCCUGUUGAACAGACACAUGAAGACGCACUCGUUCUACAAGCGCUACCAUUGCCAGUUCUGCGGCAAAGGCUUCAACGACACGUUCGACCUGAAGCGGCACAUCCGCACGCACACGGGCAUCAAGCCAUUCAAGUGCGAUCGCUGCGACAAGGCGUUCACUCAGCGGUGUUCCCUCGAGGCGCACCUGACACGUGUGCACAGCGUGGUUCACAAGUACGGCUUCCGCGAGAGGCGAGAUAAGAUGUUCGUCUGCGAGGACUGCGGCAUCACGUUUAAGGACAGCCCUGAAUUUAUGAAGCACGUGCACGAGUUGCAUCCAGAGACGGAGAAAAUCAUACGCGCGCGGAGAAAUGGCUUUACUAAACUAAAGGCGUCGUGAUACACGUGAAAAUCAUGUGACUGAUAAUAAUCGAGCUCACCUGACGCGCGCAGUGUUCACGUGACCAAGAAUAAAUUUUGAUUAUGAGUCACUUCUGAGUCAGCUUUUCUCAGAAUCACGUGAGGAACAAUUGAUUUUGUUCAUGUGACUUAAAAAUGAUCAUGUAAGCGAAACGCAAAGAUGAUCCGAAGCACGGAAUAGUAACUGCGCAAAUGGCAGGCACCGCUGACACGAACUUUUCAAUAACAGGAGUUGCAAAUUGUUUUAUGAUAAAAAUACACAAGCUUUAAGAUAUCGUAAAUAAUGACGUACAUGCUACAGAAGUAUUUAUCGUGAAAGAAACUAUAAAAUAGAAUAAGAAGGAUAUGAGUGCGUUUAACCGUAAUAUGCCAAAACAGGGAUGCAUUAUUCUUCAUUUUAUCCUGAAACAAUCCCCUUAAAAAAGAUAAGAAAGGAAACGAGAAAGUCCAUCCCAUCUGCAUUGAUUUUUAUGCAACGCUGUUUUCUUAGCCAAAACACCAACAAAAUUAACUGAAAUUCAGCUAAGUUAUGAUAGGCAGAAAAAUUCGCGCGCUAUGACGGAUCUUUGAAAGAAAAUGCUAUAACAGUUUUGAGAAAUGUUUUAUUAAAAAUUCAAUAUGGAUGAAAUAUAUACAAAGUUUACAGUGUUUGGUGAUCAAAUAAAUCAAGAUUUAUUUAUUGAA